GUUAUUAGCUACACGAACCUCCGGGCAUGAACUAAUUAAAAUGAACACUACAGUGCACGUUUCGACGAACCCCGUCUGAACAGCCGUGCUCAGAUUAUGGCCUGUUUGCUGCCUGCCGGUGUGAUUUCCACCACAACCCUUCCGCAUUUUCCUGCUGCUAUCGGGCUGUGACGUGUCGUGCUGACGGCGGCCUCGGAGCUGGAGGAGCGGGGGGCUGUAGCAUGACAAGAUCUGGCUCCAGACGCCCUGCUUGGCUUUCACCGGAGCUCCAGAAACAACCCGUAACCCCUCCUUCUCCGCCUCUCUCCGGCCCGCCCAAAUAACACAAAAUUCCCGACUGAAUCCUGCCCGAGUCUGGGGGAACCAGGCGGCCCGGGAAGCCGAGGUUGCGGACGGAGGCCAUCCCUGCAGCAUACAUCUGCUGUUUAGUAACAAAUGCAGUGCGAGGACAAUGGAUGAGGAUGUCACCAGGCUUACAAUACAUUCUGAAGAGCCUAAAAUAAUACUACACGGAUUGGAUGAGGGUGGUGCCGGCGGGCAGGAGUUUGUUGUGGAGCUUCAAGAGACUGUGUUGGUGUCCGAAGGAGAGGGGGAAGGCAUGGCCGUCCACAGGUUUGCCCCAGACGAGCUAGUCAUCCAGGAUGCUGUAGAGGACGUGGUCUCUGAGUAUGUGCACUGCGAUGAAGACGAAGACGUCGCAGUCGAAACCUGCGUGAUGGCUCUUGACGGGGAUGAGGAAGGUGUUGCCAUGGGAGACAUUCCUGAUGAUGGGCUGGACCCAGAGCAGCAGGAGGACGACCAAGAUGGGUGUGGAGAUUAUCUAAUGAUAUCCUUGGACGAAGCGGGAAAAAUGGUAUCGGAGGAUGGAACGGAGGUAACAGUGGAGGGAGCUGUAGAGGACCAAGAGGUUGAGAAGGAUGAGGAUGGCCAGGAAGUGAUAAAGGUUUACAUCUUCAAGGCUGAUUCUGGGGAGGAUGACAUGGGAGAAUCGGUCGACGUCAGCGACGGUGACGCGGAGAGCGUGGCGCUGACCGAGUCUUCGGGCCAGACGCUCCGAGAAAAGAUGGUCUACAUGUCUGUGGGGGACUCUCAUCACAACCAAGGAAACCAUGGUGGGUCCAAGGUGACUGAUGAGGUUUAUAUGGAGGUGGUGGUAGGAGGCGAAGAGCCAGUAACUCACGACCGCUCGUAUGACAGCGUGUCUCUAAGCAAGGACUUCAUGCCUGUGGCCUGGGCAGCUGCUUAUGGUGCAGAGGACAGCGAGAGCUGUGAAAACCGAAACGGUGCAGCCAGCGCACUGCUGCACAUCGACGAGUCUGACGGGGUGGACGAAGUGAGCAGACAGCGCAACAAGACCAAGAGGCGGUCGGAGCCUCGCCAGGUACAGACAGCCAUCAUCAUCGGCCCCUACGGUCAGCCUCUGACCGUUUACCCCUGCAUGCUCUGUGGUAAAAAGUUCAAGUCACGAGGCUUCCUGAAACGCCACACCAAGAAUCACCACCAGGAGGUUCUGACCAGGAAAAAGUACCAAUGUACGGACUGCGACUUCACCACUAACAAGAAAGCCAGCCUCCACAACCACAUGGAGGUGCACGCUCUGAGCAGCAAGGCCCCCUUCGAGUGUGAAAUGUGCGGCAAGGAGUUCCACCAGCAGGCGGCGUUGUUUUCUCACCGACUGCAGCACCACCAUCGAGAGCCCAAGGGCCAGCAGCCGCCUGGGACGCCCAACAAGAUGCACAAAUGCAAGUUCUGUGACUAUGAAACGGCCGAGCAGGGGCUCCUCAAUCGCCACCUGCUGGCGGUCCACAGUAAAAGCUUCCCCCACAUCUGCGUGGAAUGCGGAAAAGGCUUCCGCCAUCCCUCGGAGUUGAAGAAACACAUGCGCACGCACACGGGCGAGAAGCCCUACUCCUGCCUUUACUGCGACUACAAGUCGGCCGACUCCUCUAAUCUCAAGACUCACAUCAAGACGAAGCAUAGCAAAGAGAUGCCGUACAAAUGCGAGCGCUGUUUCCAGACCUUCGCCGAGGAGGAGGAGCUGAUGCAGCACGGACUUACGCACGAGGAGAAUAAGACCCACCUUUGUGCCCACUGUGACCACAAGAGCUCCAACUCCAGUGACCUGAAGCGCCAUAUCAUCUCCGUUCACACCAAGGACUACCCACACAAAUGUGCCAUCUGUGGUAAAGGCUUCCACCGGCCGUCCGAGCUGAAGAAGCACUCGGUGUCCCACCGCACCAAGAAACUCCACCAGUGCCGCCACUGCAACUUCAAAAUUGCCGACCCGUUUAUUCUCAGUCGCCAUAUCUUGUCGGUCCACACAAAGGAGCCACAGGCCUCUCCCGAGAAGAGUGAGCCAAAGAGGACAGAGACGCACACUCCCGCCGCGACGCCCAAGAAGUCCACGCCGAGCUCGUCCAGCGCCGCAGCUGCCGCCGCCGCCGCCACCGCUGCCGGCCCGGCCGGCAGGGUGAGCGCGGCCAGCUUGGCCAGCAGUGUGACCGUGGUCAUCGGCAAGGGACACAAAGAGAGGCGAAUAUACCAGUGUCAGUACUGCGACUACAGCACCGGGGACGCGUCGGGGUUCAAGCGGCACGUGAUUUCCAUUCACACUAAAGACUACCCGCACCGCUGCGAGAUCUGUUCGAAGGGCUUCCGGCGUCCCUCGGAGAAGAACCAGCACAUCCUGCGCCACCACAAAGACGGGGGGCAGGCGGAGUGACUCUGACUGGGCCAAAUACUGUGCCACACACACACACACUCAAGGACAAAAGUAACCAUCGCACCCCAAUCUCUGCACCCUCAGCACGGCACAGCGCGCGCUGCACUUAUAGUCCGUUCUGUUGUUUCUGCUCUUCUUUUGAUCCUCAGCCCAAUGUUUGUUCAGAAAUGUAUACACGUGUACAUAACCGAGACGGCAACAGGACCCUUCUGUAUGUAGACUUGCACCUUUAGCUGCAUGUCCCUUUGCUGGUGACAGUGUGCAUGGCAGAUUGUUCAGAUGUCUCUUUGUAGAUAUACAGUUUUUUUGUUGUUUUUUUGCAGGCAACAAUCAGUUGUCAAUCACUACGGUCCUAAUUAUUUGUCUCAAAACUGAAGUGUUAUUUGCAAAACAUUUUGCAUUGUUUUGGUUAAAAUGUACUUAAAUCGAAUUAGCACCCUGUUCCCAGUAGCACUUGCCGUCGAUGAGCGCAUCGAGUCGCGUGUGUAUGUGUGAUACGUGCGCGAAUGAACGAGAGCGGAAGCGUGAAUGUCGAACCAACAUCUGUAGUGCUUCCUGGUGCUCCAACCCCACCACUUUUCGUUGUGUUGUUGAAAACACAAGGCUGGCCGCCGCAGAGGAAGGUACCGCUCUGUGCGCGACGGUGAAACCGUGCAUGCGUCACAGCAGCGAACACUUGUAUCACGAUGCUCAGCGCUUGGUUAUCACAUAGCUGAUAUUUCAGUUUGAAGUCCGUAUGGGCACUGUAAGCCGGACGGAACAAGCACAGGCGAAGCCCUGACUCGAUGCCUGUAGAGGGAAAUCUCAUCAAUUUGAAAAACUUUGUUUUCGCAAUUCGUGCUGAAAACAAGUGGUUUCUGUGUCCAUCAACAAACAUGUUCCUCAUAUGAACUGGCAGGAUAUCUAAAACCUCCACAAACGUCAGCAUAAUAAAAGGCUGGGUUUAAAUAAAAAAAGAAAAAUAAAAGUUCACAUCAGUUUCCCAAUUCAACUCUGGCCUGAAUAGGAAUCUCCCAGCGUAACUGGUGCUGCUGGUAUGAAACCAUGAUUGAACUCCAUUUGGCCCUCCGAUGUAGAAAGGGAAAAUGUUUCUUUCUAGAUGCAACUUCAGAAGACAGGUGCUGGUGAUGUACUUGUACUUUGGCUUUUUACAUUUUUGUUAUCACCUGUGAUUUAUUCCUGUUUUUAUAUUUAUUUCAUUUACAAGUUGUUGUAUAGUUAAGUGUAACUAGACUUCUAUGGGACGUAAAUUAUUGUUUUGUAUACAAAUCUGUACAAAGCGUGUAGAUGUAAACACUUGAUAAAAUGGAAAUCUGAACUGUGUUGUUAUGGAUGUACUUCAACGUAUUUGUUAAAAAAAGAUAAUAAAAGCAAAGUAUUUUAACCA